UUUUGAGCCACGUUCUCAAAGCCUGGAGCGGGUAUCCCGCCGCGAUUGCUCGACGCAACCCGGGAGAAGGCCAGACCCACCUGACACGAAGAAACUGAGGCCUGAGGCUGAAAGUGACCUGCCAGUGGCCUCCCAGGGAGGAGAUAAGAGGUCUGGCUGCCUCAGGAUGGCCACAUCAGGCCUCCUCAUGUACCUCGGCAGAUCACAUCUUGGCACACAGCUCUUGGCCACUGCUGAGCAGAAAGGAGCCAAAGCAAGGCCGUUGAAUACUGUGAAAAGGGCAUGGACUGGCUCCUACGGCUCUGCCUGAGCUCUGUUCCUUCUCUGCGCUGAGGUGGACUCUACAAUCCCUUUCAGUCCCAAGAUCUUCACUCCUAUAACAUCUAUGUCACAAGUGAUUUUAGAUCCCUCGCCAGCCCAUGAAUUCCGGGAAGGUAGGAACCACAUCUUUCUUUUCUGUUGUAUCCCCAUUAAGAAGCUUGGGAACGGACUCUCAGUAGGAACUUAAUAAAUAUGUGUACAAUGAUGCAUGCUCAGUCUUCCUCAGGUACAAACACAAGAAGGGCCCAUUUGGAAAAGCCCCAGGCUCCUCCAUUUACUAGCUAUGCGUUUGAUCCUGCGCAACCCAGCUAACUUCCCUGCUAUAAAGUAGGGAUAUUAAGAGUGACUACCUGACAGGGUUGUUUUAGGUAUGAAACAAGAAAAUGCAUAUGAAGUGCUUAGCAUGAGUGCCUGGGAACUGAGGCUGGGCUGGUCCCUCUCCUGGCCCGAUUCCAGUCUGUCAGUGUAGCAAUGCAAGAUUCCAGAUAUGGCCUGACCAAGCCAGCACAAUAGGCCUAUUAUUUCCCCAGUCUGGACACGACACAUUGUUAAUGCAGCCUAAGGCUGCUGAGCUUCGGAGCCUUUCUCUCUCAUGAUUAGUUCCCAUCAGGUUGUGGUCAACUAAAUCAUUCAGAUCCUUUUCACUGGAGCUGGGGUCAAGUCAGGUCUCUCCCCCUGCCUCUGCUUUGUGUAAUGUCUUGGAGCUCACAGAAGGACAAUGUCAUCUUGCUUAUUCCAGCCUGUCGAAAUUGUUUUGAAUGCUGAUUCUAUUGCCCACUGUUUUCUCUCCUUCUCUAAGUUUAGAUCCAGGCUGCUCCCUGGGACUUCAACUCCACCAUGCAUACUGUUAGUCAGGACCAAGCCCCAUAAUAUACGACUGCAGACACCUAUUCACCAUUAACCAAAUCAGGGCAUUGCUAAUCCAACAGCUCACAAUUAUUGAGCAACCACUAUAUGCUGGGCAAGCACUGUGCUAGUGCUUUAUGCAUACCAUCUCAUUUACUCCUCACAACACCACUGGGGAGGGUAGUUUUUGUUAACGCCAUUUUCUAAAUUAUGAACCUGAGGCUAAGUGUGGGGAAGCAAAGACUAGUUUUAUGAACCCAGAGUGAGGCCUCGUUUUCUGACAUUGAGUUUGGUUGUAGACUUAUCAUUAGAGAUGUUGUCCUCCAGGUGCAAAACUGCCGACCACAUGUCUCCAUGGGCACUCUUGGCCACUCUCCUUCCUACCCCCUGACUCCCACACCACCACGCCUGGAGCCCAAGAGGCUUUGCUGAGGCCCCAGUCCACAGUGGGCAGAGGGCAAACUUACCAGCCCUAUUAGCUUCGUGAGCCUAGAGCAGAGACCUGGACCCAUUCUUUUUUUUCACCUCAUUUAAAAGAAAAUUUUAUUAUUAGUUUCAGGUGUACAAAACAACAUAAUGAUUAGACAUUUACACCCCUCACAAGUGAUAACCCCACCAACUCUACUACCCCUCUGCCAUCGUACAUAACUGUGACAAUACCAUUGACUAUAUUCCCUAUGCUGUACUUUACAUCCGGUCACAAAAAUAUGGAAUGCUUCAUGAAUUUGCAUGUCAUCCUUGCACAGGGGCCAUGCUAAUCUCUGUAUCGUUCCAAUUUUAGUGUAUGUGCUGCCAAAGCAAGCACUGGACCCAUUCUUCAUGCCAACAUUCUUUUGUUGUAGGACAGCAGUGAGGACAAGGGCUUCUCCCUGAGGAGCAGACAGACGGCUUCCCACUCUUGGUGGGACCACUCUCCCAGCCAUCCGUGACCCUUUCUGGGUCUAGCCCGGUCUCACAACCUAAGGCAAAUGAACUUCAGAGCUCCCCUUGUUGCUCUCUACCUGCUUGUGACGUCACAGUGCUCAAUGCCCAGCCUGGACUUCUUUGUAUACCCAAGAUAUGUAUGCCCUCCCCUAAGGGCCUUUGGGGAAGGUCACCACGUCCCCUCAGCUCUUGGGAGGCAGAGCAGCAGAGUUAAGUGCAAAGACCCCAGGAGACAGAUUACCUGGCUUCAGAGCCUACUCAACCAUUACCGUUUACUCCUGGGCAAAUCAGUAAAUCUCUUUGAGCCUCACUUUCCCUACCUGUCUAAUGGGGAAAACAAUUACACCUAUAUCAUCGUGUUGGCAUGAGGAUUAAGUGGGGUACUUAGAACAGUGCUUGGUACAUAGUAAGCACUUAAAAGGUGUUUAUUAUUUUUAAUAUUAUCAUUAUCAUUAUUAGUACCCUGGGCAAAACCUCAUGAAAUAAGGCCACUUAAGUCAGAGGUGAGAACAUUUGAUGUAAAUGGCUAUGGACUAGCUUUAUGUCUAGGGACUCAAGGUGGUAUUUCUAGCACAAGGCAGGAUUGCCAUGUGGAGCUGUUGGGGGUAUUGGUGCUAGGAGAUUGUUGCUAAGUAAAGGUGUUGUCAGGUGCCAGUGUUGCCAAAUAGGAUAGCUUACAAUCUGUUAUCCAAUAGUAAGAGCUCUUCAGUCCUUAACGAGCAGACCCUCCACCAUGACUUCUGGAGAAAAGGAGCCCAGCCCAUGUCCCAACAAAACUUAGCUCAACAGCCACCGGGAACGGACAUGGACUUCGACUCGUACCAGCACUAUUUCUACGACCAUGACUGUGGGGAGGAUUUCUACCGCUCCACCGCGCCCAGCGAGGACAUCUGGAAGAAAUUCGAGCUGGUGCAGUCACCCCCCACGUCGCCGCCCUGGGGCUCGGGUCCCGACGCCGGGGACCCGGCCCUUGGAGUUGGUCCCCCGGAGCCGUGGCCCGGAGGGGGCGCCGGGGACGAGGCAGAAUCCCGGAGCCACUCGAAAGGUUGGGGCAGAAACUACGCCUCCAUCAUUCGCCGUGACUGCAUGUGGAGCGGCUUCUCCGCCCGGGAACGGCUGGAGAGAGCGGUGAGCGACCGGCUCGCCACUGGAGCGCCCCGGGGGAACCCACCCAAGGUGCCCGCCGCCCCGGACUGCGCUCCCAGCCUGGAAGCCGGUAACCCGGCGCCCGCUGCCCCCUGUCCACUGGGCGAGCCCAAGACCCAGGCCUGCUCGGGGUCCGAGAGCCCUAGCGACUCGGAGGGUGAAGAAAUCGACGUUGUGACAGUGGAGAAGAGACAGUCCCUGGGGGUACGGAAGCCGGUCACCAUCACAGUGAGAGCAGACCCUUUGGACCCCUGCAUGAAACACUUCCACAUCUCCAUCCAUCAGCAACAGCAUAACUAUGCCGCCCGUUUUCCUCCAGAAAGCUGUUCCCAAGGAGUGGCUCCAGAGAGAAGUCCCCAGGAAGAAGCUCUGGAGAGAGACGUUCCAGAGGAGAAGGAAGAUGAGGCAGAUGAAGUGGUUGUGAGCCCCCUGCCUAUAGAAAGCGAGGCUCCCCAGUCCUGCCACCUCAAACCUGUCAGUUCUGACACUGAGGACGUGACGAAGAGGAAGAACCACAACUUCCUGGAGCGCAAAAGGCGGAAUGACCUCCGUUCGAGGUUCUUGGCCCUAAGGGACCAGGUACCCACCCUGGCCAGCUGCUCCAAGGCCCCCAAAGUGGUGAUCCUAAGCAAGGCCUUGGAAUACUUGCAAGCCUUGGUGGGGGCUGAGAAGAGGAUGGCUACGGAAAAAAGGCAGCUCCGAUGCCGGCAGCAGCAACUGCAGAAAAGAAUUGCGUACCUCAGUGGCUACUAACUGACCAAAAAACCUGACUGCUCUGUCUUACAAAGACCCGAGUUUAUUUUUUAACCUUCCCUCUCCCCCUUAGUAAUUUGCACAUCUUGGUUACGAUGAGCUAGCCUGGACAGUAGAUCCCAGAAUGCUUUGUAGCCGGUGCACACACAAUAAGGGCUUGCAUUCUUGGAAACCUGGAAACCCAGCUCUCUCUCUUCUCUGACUCAUGGGAGCGCUGUGUCUUCUCUGGCACCUUUGGCUUCUCAGGCAGACAGCUGACUGAGGAGCCUUGGGGUCUGCCUAGCUCACUAGCUCUGAAGAAAAGCCUGACAGAUGCUAUGCAACAGGUGGUGGACGUUGUCGGGGGCUCCAGCCUGCAUGAAAUCUCACACUCCGGAUGAGCGUUAGGCUGGGAAAGGAUGCUCCCACUGGUGUCUCUGGGGUGAUGCUAGGACAGCUGGGCCUGGACGCUCUCCCUGAGGCUCCUUUUCCAGGAGACACACGAGCUGUCUUGGGUGAAGACAAGCUCGCAGACUUGAUCAACAUGGACCAUUACCUCACUGUCAGACACUUUACAGUAGCUGAGGAGUUGGAAACCUUGAAUAUAUAGAUAAUGAUGUUAGAUGACACCCCUCCUCCCACGCUCAAUGCUGCGGCCUUGAGAACAUUUAAAGAGCUUGGCUUCUACAUUCUUUGUCUCAAAAGCCCUCUGGGCUCUUUCCUUGAGGGAGAGAGCAUUCUGUCCUCACAAGGGACUUUUCUGUGUCUUUCUGCCUUUGUUAAGCAAUGGGCUCUACACCCCUUGCCCACAGGUCAGAAUAUUUCCCCAAGACACAGGGAAAUGGGUCAUAGUCUGCGGCCUGGGGAAGGCUUGGUGUCUUGGCCAUGAACUUGCUCCCUGCCCAGGUAUUUUCCCUCUUGGAACCUUCUCUCAAGGCAGAUGUCAGGCACUUCAGGAGUGAGAACUGUACCACUUCCUCUUUCCCACCUCCCUGUCAUCUCAAUCCCUCACUGAUAAGUUUGAAGUUCUACUAGAACCAUGCAAACCUGUCCUUCUUGUGCAACUCCAAGAAGCUUGCUGGCUCUGUAGCCACCCGCCUUGGGCCCUGGCCAGCCUCACAUGAGUCAGACCCCUUUCCCAGAAUCUGGGCCUUACUGAAGUUCUUACUGGGAGGGUUUCUGGGACUCAUCCAGUGCUCCAGAAGGUGGCCUAGUUUCCUGGUGGGUUUUUAAGGAGUUUCCAGGAGCUCUGCUUAGUGGACCAGGAUGGAUUUUGGCCCAUCUGGACUUGGCACCUCCAAGUGGAUUCCAGGUGUAACCUCUACUCUGGGAAAGGCACGCAACCCUACAGGUGUCUUGUGGGCAACCUCAGAAGUCCCUAAGCCUAGCCUGGAAGAAGGACCAGCCCCUCCAGAACUCUGCCCAGGGCAGCAGGCGCCUGCUGGCUGUGGGUUUGAAAGUGGGGGAGGAGAGGAUGGUGGAGCACUAUAUGUGGCUCUGGAAAGCCAGCUGCUACUUCCAAACCUAUUAUGCAUGAUGGUCUGUUUCUGAGGUUGUUUCCUGGCUUCAGAGAACCCCCAUGGAAGUUUGAGAAAAGCCUCUCUAUGUUUUGGAGCAUGGUUUUCAGGAGCCAACUGACUUCUGGAACUGUCUUUGGAGAACAGGUGGGAUGUAGGUUAUUGAUGUCUCACCUGAAUAGCUUGUGUUUUAUAAGCUGCUGUUGGGUAUUAUGCUGGGAGCAGUCUUUUUUUUUUUUUUUUUUUAUACUGUAUUUUUGUAUGCCUUUUGCAAAGUGGUGUUGUUUUUGUACAAGAAAAAAACUCCUGGGCAAUUCUGUUGCAAGAGUCGGAUUUAUUUUGAAAGGCAAGUUUACCUGAAAUUUUGUAUUUAGUUGUGAUUAUUGAUCGCCUGAUUUUAAAAUGUUGCCUUCUGGGACAUCUUCUAAUAAAAGAUUUCUCAAACAUGUCAGAGUGGGGGCAGCUUAUGCCAACCGAGUCCUUGAAUCAAGGACGACUAUUUCAGUGUAGCCACAGGGGAGCCGAAGGGUUGUAUUUCUCUAACCACGUUGCUAACCUGGUCAUUCCACUUUGGGUUCCUGAAAUGCCAUUUCAGACAUGUCUAAACAAUGUAGGCUCGGCACUUGGUGAACAUGAAAUUCUCUUAUGAAUUACAAAGAGUGCUGAAUUUGUACGUUAGGAGGCUUGAAAUCCUGGUUCCACCACUUAUUUGUUCUGUGCCUUUUUAGCUUUACCUUUCUAAGUCCUAGUUUCCUUAUCUGUAAAAGGGGGAUAAAUGCUACUUGACAAGGGCUUGGCAGGUAAUAAAUGUAGUAGCUGAUAAGCCACUUUCUAAAC